UCUCAGAUCGGUUUCCAGCGCUCGCCCAUCACGUGCAGUAAAUGACUCAUUGGCAGAAGGCUCGGUACAAAUGGUAUUUAAGAAAGUGAGUCCCGACGAUCACCUGUGUGAGACUGUGGCGCCUCCUACGACAUAUGGUGGUUAACAACAUUGACGACAAUGAUUUUACCCUUCAUAGUUCUUUGUGUGGCCUCUUGUCUUCAAGCCCAGACGAGAGGAAGUGUCCGCAACAAACAAGUCAUGCUACAGUUACUUGCCAUGGUCUACUCGCUGUUCGGCUUCAACAGUCUCAGGGAUGCCCUGUGACCUCAGGACGUGACCCUGCUUUUACUGAUUCAUGUGGAGACUGGAAGACAGAAGGAGGCAAGUCAGGUGUCUACUUUAUUCAACUGGUAAAGUACAGAGAGAACCUGAGAGUGUGCUGUGACAUGGACUCUGGCAGUGGUGGCUGGCUGGUGUUCCAGAGACGCACUAACGGCUCCGUGGACUUCGACAGGAACUGGACACAGUAUGAACAGGGCUUUGGUGACAUCACCGGGGAGUUCUGGCUGGGUUUGUCAAAGCUUCACACCCUGACCAAAGGGAGACCCACCCGACUGCGUGUAGACCUCGGCGAGGUGAAUGGACAUCGUCACUACGCUGAGUACUCGACAUUCAGGGUGGGCGGUCCUGAGACAAACUACAGACUGACCGUGUCCGGCUACUCGGGUAACGCGGUUGACAGCUUGCAGUUACACAACAACCAGAGUUUUUCAACGUUUGACCGAGACAACGACAAGUGGUCUAACUCUGGCAACUGUGCCGUUGACCAUCACGGCGCCUGGGGGUACAACUCGUGUCACUUCACCAACCUCAACGGCCGAUACAAGGCUGACGGCGCUAGGGGUCCUGACGGCGUCAACUGGUUUUACAUCCACAAUGACAGGAGGAGCUUCAACUUCAGCGAGAUGAAAGUACAACCAGUGUAA